AUGGACAGCGGCGCCGGCGUGGCCUCUCUCGCGAUGGACUGCGAGGAUAUGUUCAAGGAGAUAACCAAAAAGCUGUACGGCGAAGAGGCAACCGUCGGCGUCGGCAUAAGCGGCGUCGUGGGCGUCGAGUUCCCGGCGGCCGAGCGCGAGCUGCCCGAGGACGAGAUGCGGCCCGAGGAGCACAUCACGGCCUGGGGCCUCGCCGCGCUCAUGCAGAACGGCUUCCCGCCCCCGGGCAUCCUUCAGGCCAACUUCACGCCGCGCACCGACCCCACGGCCGAGGACCGCUGGACGGCCGCCGAGGAGCCGCUGGCGUGGGCGCACUCGCGCAUCGCCGCCUACAACCCCGCGCAACGGCUCUUCAAGUGCACCGAGUGCGAAUGUGUCGGUUUUCUGGCGCGCGUCGCCGAGCACUGGCUCGGCACCCACUCGCAGGCGCGCGCCUUCCAGUGUCCGCUGGCCGGCUGCGGAUUUGCCAGCGGAUGGGCCCGCGCCGUUCGACACCAUCUGGCGCGGGACCACCACUCCGACCCCGCGGCCGCCGACCACCUGCUCAGAGACAACCCCGCCCUCGACGAUCUCACGCGCUAUCUGCAGCGCCUCAAGACCAAGGUGGAAGCGGCUCGAACCGAGAGAAGAUCUACGGGGAACGCCGGCGGCGUUAACUCGGGUGCCGGCGAGAGCCUCCCCGUCGGGGAGAGCGUCGCGGCGACGGCCGGCGGCAACGCCGCCGAGGUCGGCAAGCGGUACGCCUGUGGCUCGUGUCCGUACGCGACAGACCGCCGCGACCUGUUCACGCGCCACGAGAACAUUCACCGCGAUGAAAAACCCUUCCACUGUUAUCUCUGUCAGAAACAAUUCAACCGCGCCGACCACGUCAAGAAACACUUCCUUCGCAUGCACCGCGAUCAGCCGUACGAUCUGAACCGCAUCCGCCGGGCGAGCGGGAAAGGCGCGGCGGCGGGCGUGGUGUCCAGCGGCGCUGCGCAAUAUUCGGGCGGAGGCGGCAAGGCCGCGACGGAAGGCACAAUGGGUUCACCGGUGGCGACUCAGCCCGACUGUCGACCCGCGCCGGUCAAGGCGGAACGCGCUCCGCUCGCUAAGGCCGAGAGCGCGGCCGCCUCCCACAAAACCGCCGCACCCAUCCCCGUGCGGCGCAAACCUCAGAGCGAGCGGCGCUACGCGUGCUGCUACUGCGCGUGGUCUGGCGUGGACAACUGGUGCCUCAAGCGGCACCUCAACACGCACCUGAAGCCGUUCGCGUGCGCGCUGUGCGAGUACAAGGCGGCGCGCGCCGAGCGACUGGCCACGCACGUGCACAAAGUGCACAACAAGAAGGCCUGCGCCAAGUGCCCCUUCCUCGCCGACGACGCCGCGCACCUCGCCGCGCACCUCCGCGACCACCAUCACGUCGAGAACCGCAACCUCAAGGUGCCGAGCGGCGUGACGCGCGGCGGCUUCCCGAGCGGAUCCCAGCCGAGCGGCGGCGGCGUCGCAGGCGCUACCGCCGGAGGCGUCCCAGCCACGGCGGCGGGGUCGGCCGCGGGCUCGGCGCCGGGCGGCGGUCGACGGAGGGAGACGCGCGCGGCGGGCGCGGCGCGGCUCUUCGGCUACCUAGAGGCGUCGGACGGCUCGGGCGACGAGUACGAACCGCCGCCGCUGAGCGACUUCGGCGCGCCGCCGCCGCCCUAUGCGCGCGACAAGGAGAACGCCGCGCCGCCGCCGCCGCCUCAGCUGCAUCACGCGCUGCACCACGACCAUUGCCUGCGCUACUGA